AUGUUAAAAAAAUGGCUAGACGAUGCAAUAAAAAAUGGCAACAUAAGAUCAAUAAAUUACAAAGAUUUUUAUAAUAUCAGUCCAGUUGCACGAGAUGCGUCUAGUGAGGUUUUGAAGGCAUACUGGACAAAUGGUGAAAGUUUUGUUGCUUUAAAAACGCAUAGUCCCGCCUCCGGAUCUAAAGAAUCACUUGACAAUUUUGUUCGUGAGGUCAUUGUUAGCAAAAAACCUGUGAAUGUUGUAAAUAAUUGUUUAAAUACUCCGAACAGUAGUACUCUAAUUGCACCACCAUUAAGCCAAGUUAAUGCAAAUAUGGCUGGAAUGUCUAUAAAUGAUCAAAAUUGUUUCGACAUGAAUAAUAACAACACUAAUGCGAGACAAACUGAACUAUUGGGAAGUGCACAAAAUAUAAACAAAGAAUUGACGGCGGUUAGUUUAAGAAAAUUCAGAAGUUGGAUUUGCAAAGGAUAA